UUAUUCUAAACUCAGAAAAAAAAAAAAAAAAAUGGCAGCAGCCAUAACCUCAUCACCAUGCUCCUCUUUCACUUUACCCACCAAGCUCCUCCACCCAUCAGUCUCCCAAGCUCCAAAGCGCCCAUAUCCUCACCAAUGCUUUCGCUUUCUUCACCUUACUACUCCUUACAAGACUCCCACGAUCACCGUUUGCCAUGGCAAGUUGGAUGGCUCGGCUGGUGAAGAGGCCGACGAGAUUGGUGGUGAAGUAUUCUUUGAUGAUAAUGACUUGAUUGAGGACGAGAGCGAUGAUGAUGAGACAGAGAGCAGUAUUGAUUUGCUUAUCAGAUUCUUUCAAAGCAUGUUCAAGAAGGUCUCGAAGCGCGCCAAGAAGGCUUCUCGCUCGAUUUUGCCCUCCGUAAUAUCACCUCAAUUGGUGUCAUUUGCUGUUGAUGGGAUUCUGCUUUUGGCUGCACUUUCUAUUGUCAAAGCAUUUCUGGAGGUGGUUUGCACUCUUGGAAGCACCGUCUUUUCAGUGAUCCUGCUUCUACGUGUAAUAUGGGCAGCCAUUUCGUACUUCCAAUCAAAUGAGACCAAUUUUAAUCAGGGUGGAAGUUCAUUUGGAAGCACACAGCCAGUGGCAUAGUAUCGCUAGUGAUCGGAGUACUAAUGGAUUUCCUUGCCAAAUGCCAUGGGUUAUUUUGGCAUGCUAAAAGUGGAAAUAAUUUUCAUAAAAUCUGGUGUAAUUGUGAAUAGGGAGUGUAAAUUUGAGGGAUUCUUCAAAGUUCAUGUUAAAUUAUGUGCUUGUACCUAAUAGGCUAUGGAUUUAGAUCAGCACUGUUGUGCAGCUAGUGUCUGUCAGUUGUGUAGUACUGUAGACGUGUAACUUUUCGUGGAUACAGGAACACCUUGAUAACUUCAUUGCCAAUGCGUAAUUGCUAUUUGCUAGUCAGGUUAGCCAA